UUGAAUGCUUGAGACAUGGUUGCGCUACAGGAUCAAUGCUAUUGAGUUCGGACAUUCUUGCCUAAAGGCGACCGUUCUAAACAAGGAAUCAUUAUUACGAUAUGUUAACUGUCUGCUAAUGAAAUUGAGACUUAAAUAUAGAAAUAAUUUGAUCUGAUUCAGGAUUAAAAAAAUGUCAAUAGAUUGAAAAAGCUGAAAGGAUACGAAGCAAUUAAGGUGAAGCUGUGCAAUACCAAGAACAAAGCCUUUACAUUUUUAAUAUGUUAGUCCAAUAGAGAGCUGUUGAAAUAGAUAUGGCUGUCGAAGGAAUGCACAGUCUUAAAUUGUCAGAAUCAAAAUUCAAGAAUUGGAUUAAGGCUGGACUAAGUGUUCUAUUUACUAAAGAAGGUAUUGAGCCUUUUGUUAAUCAUGAAAUACAACAGUUUCAGCAGAAAUGUUUAAGCGACAUUUGCAACAACAAUGGUCUUCCUGUAGGAACCACAUGUUCUAGUUGUUGCACAGAAAAUGUUGUUGCUUGUCCUACAAAUAGAAAGUGUAAUGAAGGACGUGGGAAAUGCAAUUUCCAUAGACAUUCUGCUAUUAAAUUUCAACCAUCUGGCUGUCCUAAUAAGAUAUGUGAUAAUUUUAAAAAAGAAAUCCAGAAUGCUCAUCGAUUCUGUGGCCCAUCCUUUAUAAACACUACCGCUACCCAGUGGUGCAGCAAUCCUUGGGAAGUGGCUAAAUGUUUUAUGUCGCCAGACGGUUACAAGGAUGUGACGAGUGCAGCAGAGACAAAUUUCCACGGUAUCAGCAGUGUUAUCAUCAACAAUAAAGCCUUCGAGUCAAAAAUUCACGAUGACCUUUGGAAGAAAAACAAUAUUUUUGUCAAGGCUAGGGAGAUUGGCAAUGCUGUUCGAGAGUCCUCUUAUUUACAGGUGGAAGAUAGAGAUCUACAACAGUACUUUAGCACCUUACAGAAUCUACUGUCAGAUCCUGGAUAUUUGGCUGACAAUACAGCUUCACAGAAUGCCAAUAAGAAAUUAUCACAGCUUCAACAAAAUAUCUUGGUGAUUGAAAUUAAUGAUAUCCGGAAAGUUUUGAAUGAUGCUGACAAGAUAGUACAGGAUGAACUAAGAACCAUAAAAGAUAAACAUAAGAAAGAAACUGAAAAACAAAUGCUAGACCUGAUUGUAAUCACAAACAAAUUUGUUAGUGAUUUUGAAAGACAAGGAAAAGUAUCAAUGUCUGAGUUAGAUAACGCAAUAAAACGUGCAAUUAAUGAAACGAUACAAUCCAGCGCCAAAAAGGAAUUACAGAUUAAAGUAAAAGAAGAGGCUUUUAUCAGGAAGGAUACAGAAUGUUUACAAAGAAUAGAGAAAGAAUUCGAUUAUGGGACGGAAAGAGAUUCAUUUAAAACUGUUCACGCUAAACGGAAACGAAAAGAAGAAAAUACUAAUGUGGAAGUGAAAAGGCCGAAAAAUGAACCUAGUCAAAAAUUUCAACCGUUAGAAACUUGCGAAAAAGUGACCAAGACUGCAUCAAAUACUAUAAAUCACAGAGAAGAAGUCAGGAACAGCGGAACUGACGCAAAUGCUGGAAUAGAAAAUAUUGCACCAGAGACCGAAACUGCUACGAAACAAUUGAAAGUAGUUGAUGUUAAAGAAGCCGACUUUGGGGUUGAAAAUAUUGUAUCAUACCCUAAUAAAGUAUUACCACAGAGAGGAGAGACAUUGGUAACAGCAAAGGAAGAAGAUAAAACUGAUAUAGAUAUCAUUCCUUCAGACGUGGACCUUCAUAACAUUGCCCAGGCAAUAGGUCAAAAUUGGGAGCUACUUGGACCUAAUUUUGGACUCUCCAAAACGAGGAUAGACCGUAUAAAAAUAGACUGUCAUGGUUCACUAACACGUAUAUUUCAAAUGUUACACAUCUGGCGGCAAGAUCAAGGACCAGAAGGCACUAUACGAAACCUUUUCUCAGUUUUUAGAAAUCAGCAAUCUGCAUGUAUCGACUGGGAUGCACUUAGUAGGAUUUUCAGAAAUAUUGAAGGGUGUCGUCCUGUCAUAGCAACUGAAGAUAAUGAGAGGUACUUGAGACAUUUAUGGUUUCUAGGCGAUGGAGGGUUACUUGUGUUGAAAGGAGUUUUAACAAGAGAAGAAAAAAGGUGUGGACAAUCCCUUGAAAAUAAAAUUUCAGUCAACAGGGCGUCUUUUCAAAACAUGUUGGAGGAAGAGCUGUUCAAAUUAUUUCCAUCGCCUUUAACAGUUAAUGGAGACGUAAAAACAUUGGAUAUGUCACUUCUGAUAACUGUAGUCAAAAAACUAUUCUGGGCAAGUUUAUCGCCAGCAGAACAAUCUUCCGUACAAACCUUAAAAACUUACAGCAAUAAUAUUCAAGGAAAUCCAACGAACAUGUCUAUGGGCACAAUUGAUUUUGAUACUAAUUGGCGAAUAGUUGGAGCAGCUCUUCAACAACUAGCGUCAGGUAUAAGUCCACCGGCAGCCAAUGAAAUUGCGGAACUUAAAAAGAGAGCAGUAUCAGGAACUUUUGAUAUAAAAUGGAUAUUGCAACAUAUCAAAGAGAUGCAAGCAUUCAAACCGAGUUUGCUAGAUGCAUUAGAAAAUAAAUUUCGCAAAUCAGAAAAUUUGGAUUUAGGCAGCAAGUUAAAUGAUAUCAAAGGCAACAUUGAUACUAUGGAAAAGAGAAAUCAGAAACGCCACUGGGAGGUAUCAAAUAGUUUGAACGAAUUACAUACGACUGCUAAAUCCUCAAAACAAGAUAUUACAGAAAUUAAGGAUAUAGCAGAGAGGUCAAAAAAUCUCCAUGAGAACGAUAGAGAUACAAUUAGACAUAUUGCAGGUGUCCUAGAUGAGCACACAAACAGAACGAAACAUAUUGAAGAAAUGUUGGAAAAAAUAACGGGUAAGAGUCCAGGAAAAGAGAAUCAGCAUGACAUUGAGACCGUAAUGCUUAUUGAUAGCGAUACGCCUGAAAAUACAUCUGAAGCACAACAAACCAUAAUGGCAACUGCUAGCGAUAUCUUAGAUAAGCUCAAAGGAACCGAAGCAAACAUUGUCGAAGACAAAGACGUAAUCGAAGCUAUUUUGCAAAAUGUAAAAGAUCUUCGAAACAGAGAACUUGCAGAAGCACUUCUAGAAUAUAUCAAAGAAUAUUUAAAACAUGGGAGUAUACUGCAGAUAAAAGAGGGUAGCAUCAGGCUUACUAUUCGACUUAAGUCUUACAAGGGGUUGUUGAAUCUUAUACAGUUUCUAAACAGCGAAUCACUUCAGCGACAUCUAAAUGAUAUAGGCAGAGCACUUGAAAUGAGGAAUGGGCAUGCAGUCACAAUAUCAUCUCAUAUUGCCCAUGAAAGUCUGCAUAAUUUGUAUAAACAUUUAGUUGAGGAAUGUGAAAAACUUGAACUGACAAGAAAAGUGAUACUACCAGUAAAGUGCAAGAACAUUGAAGGUCUAAGCAACAUCUGGAAUUUGAUACAAAAAGGUGGUGCUAAUAGGCAUAUGGAACGUAUAUCAGACAUUCUGACGAAAAAGAUCGGGGAUAAAAUUACUGUGACAACGGUUGUAAACGUGAAACAGUUCGAACAAACACUAUUAGAAAUUGAUAAGGGCAGUCGUAAUGAUAUGGAUAAUUAUGCGGAUCUAUUGAAAGCCAUGUCUACCCUCGCUCUUGAUGAUGACAAAACUGAAAAAAGUACUGAUGAAUCGGAAUCUGGUAUAAUGGCAAGUGAUGACUUGGAAAAUCAUUUAUAUAAAAACUGGGUCCGUGGUGCAAAGAGUUUAGAGUACUUACAGGAAGGACUUCAAGACUUUGUGGGAAAUAAAGUGCAGCAUUGUCGUAACCAAACCUUGCAAAAAAUAAUAAAUAGCUUGCCGACAGGAUCAACGCGUCAAUGCAAUCUAUGUACGUCUCAAAAUCUUUUGCCUGAACACGCGAAAAAGAAGAAGGCCUGUAACAGAAGCACGUGCAUAGAAAAAUUCCCAAAUAAUUGCUUUGGUAGUAAACCAAACUGUCGCAGAAAAUGCCCAAAUGGAAUAUGCAGUAAAUUUUAUGAUGAAAUCGUACUUGAACAUUCCUCGAGAGAUCCGCUGUGGAAGAACACAGAUCCAAGUACUUGGUGUUCAGAUCCGCUCGGAUGGAGCUUCGGAAAAUGUUUCCAAACAACAACAGGUCCAGGUUCAUCAGCUAGCAAAACAGAUGCUGGCGGACUCCUUUGCAUUCUUAUCAAUAACCUAACAGUACAGAACAACUGGCUGGCGAGCAAUGACAUGUUAAAAGAAACGUGCCCUUUUAACAGGGCGAGAGUCAUCCGUAAUGCAAUUCUGCAUAGUUCAAAACUCGAACUUGAUGACCUGACGUUAGGCUAUUAUUUAGAUACAUUCAUAACAGUCCUUCAAGAUGAAAAAUGUCUAAUCAACUGUAAUGGAUCGAAACAAGCCGUUCAUAAACUAUUACAGGGAAUUUGUUUUGAAAAGGAAGAAAAAAGACCAGUGCAAGCUAUAUGGGAUUACUCAAAUAAACGACACAUUUACAGGACAUGGCAUGACACUUUGUUUUGA